CUGGCAUGAGUAAGUGUUCAACGGUGCGUGACCUUGACAUGCUGCGCUCGGAGUCGAUGGUGUCCGCCUGAACCAUACACCUCGCAGAUGGAGUGUACCGAGACCUCAGAACCACGGACGGGUCAGCGAACUGCUUUACCUCUUCGCUUCAUGCGCACACGAAUGACACCUGCCGUAGUCCUCUUUCAGAAUGCGGAGACUGUAACCAACUUCACGGUGCCUCCCCCUGGCGCGAUCAAGCGAUAUCGAAGCUUUGCAGAUCAGUGUAUAAGUAUGCGGCCGCGAGGUAAGAGUGCCCAUCCUUUGGACGCCGACCCCCGCAGUCCACCAUGAGCCAAGUCUCGCAUACCGAUGUCCUCGUGAUUGGUGCUGGACCUGCGGGGCUCAUGACCGCGGUCUGCCUUAGCCGCCUCAACAUACCAUACAGAAUCAUAGACCGCCGUCUACCUGAAGAAUCAGCAGGUCAAGGGGAUGGCAUUCAGCCCCGGACGAUUGAAAUGUGGGACAGUGUCGGGAUGGGAGAGAAGCUGAGACAGACAGGCUUCCAUCUUCACCGCAUGGUUACAUAUGAAGCGAACGACGACAGAUCCGGGAUAAAGGCUACUAAGCAGGGUCCAAACAUCUCAACAUCUUCUGCUCGGCAUCCUUUCGAGGUUCUCCUAGAACCAAAGGAUAUUGAGAGGCUCAUGAGGGAAUCGUUGUCGGAGCGAGACGUUCAAGUAGAACAACCAGUAGUCCCUCAACAAUUCCGUAUCAUCAAUGAUUCCAGACCGACUGGUGAAUACGUUGUUGAAGUGACAUGCGUACACCUUAAGGCGGAGCAUGUGCGGACAAGCCAUCUUCCACUUACCUCGAGAAACGAGCUGGCAGAUCUGCCCGAAUGUGUGGAGACGGUGGAAAGUAUACGCGCAAAGUAUGUCGUUGGAUGUGACGGUGCCCAUUCUUGGGUCCGUCACCAGUGUGGAAUCACCAUGGAAGACUUAGGUGGGGAGGCCUUGGCGAACGACUGGAACGCUGCGAUGGGCGAAGUAUGGGGUGCAAUGGACCUGAAGCCGAUCACCGAUUUCCCAACUCUGCUAGCAAAGAACAUUAUACAGUCGCCGCUUGCGGGACUGUUAGGAACUGUUCCCAGGCCCGAUAGCAGGAUGCGUAUAUAUGCGCGAUUUCAGAACGACCCGAUUGGCAACGAUGGGAAGACCUCAGCAGUGCAGUUAGCGGACAUCUUGAUGGCGACAUUCGUGCGCGGCUUCCAGCCGUACACAAUAGCCGCGGAAGAUAUUACAUGGUGUAGUCUUUACAGAGUCAGACAAGGCAUCGCUUCAACAUUCUCGCACGCGCAACGGAUUUUCAUCGCAGGAGAUGCAUGUCAUGUGCAUUCUCCUAAUGCUGGUCAAGGCCUCAAUGUCUCGAUGGCGGAUGCUUAUAAUCUGGCUUGGAAACUCGCAUACACCCUUCGUGGGCGCGCCGGAGGCCCUCUCCUCGAAACAUACGAAACUGAGCGACGGCCUUGCAGCAUUACAUUGAUUGAGCUCGAUAAGGAGAUCCAAAGGCUGAUGCGCAGCUCUAAUAUGACGGAGCAGUACAUGAGCCUGAUUGAGCGACAGAACGCUUUCACAUCAGGCAUAGGUGUCCAAUACGACUCGCGACUCACUGUACCCGACUUCCAAGAUCUUGCGUGCGGCUUGGUCUUGGGACAAAGACUGCCCCACGCCGAAAUUCUGCGUUACGACAGCUGGAGUCGCUGCAGCCUUCUUGAUACUAUAUCAUACCAAAUGGCCUUCAAGCUUCUCAUCUUCCCGGGCGAUAUCACGCUGCCAGCGGUUGGCGCGAGCUUCCGCGAAUUCAUCGAGCGCUGCGCCAGCUCCAAGGAGGUUGGUAAUGGCGAUGUGCAGCUGGGAGCGAUCCUCUCUGUCAGCCAUGGCACGGUGCUUGCAGAGGCGGGUGUGGUAUCGGAACCGGUGCUCCGCGCUUCGCAGUAUGUCCCUCGCACUCUCAAUACAUCCGACUGAUGCCGAAUAUCUGACCGCAGGAUAUACUUGGACGAUGUCCUGCAUCCAGAAAAUGAUGGCCGUACGACGGGGAGUCUCUAUCGGUCGCUCCGCAUAAGCACUGAGAGCGGUGCAGCUGCGCUAGUGCGUCCUGACGGACAUGUGGCGCUGAUAAUUCCCGUGGCUUCGCGAGAGCUGGCUAGGGUCUGGAAGUAUUUGUCGGAAUUAUGAAGUAUGAAGACGAUGUGAUGUGCUGUCCAUUCACACUGGCGUUAUCAUCG